UCCCCCCCCUUCCUGCGCACUGCGUGUGUUUGACUGCGGGGAGUUCAGAUGUGUUCCUGUCGGGCAGCGUGAGGAGCGUUUCCCAGAAGAAAAAGUUCAAAUGACGGAAGAAAACUUGAACUAGGCUACAAUCGGCAGCUAGGAAAGGAAUACCGUGUGCUGAAAAAGGAUGGGCUCCCUGGUGAGCGGUUCUGUGUCCCCCCUCUUGACCUCCCUGCUGGCCUUCCUUUUCUGGGGCUUUUCCUGCGUCUGGACCGAGGACUUGAUGGAGCGAGACGCGCUGUGCAAUGCGGACGGCUGCCUGGUGGUCUACUUCCAACGAAAGACUUUCUUGGACUCGUGGAGGGCCUGCAAGGAGAAGGGUGGCAACUUGGCCACCUUAAAACGCGAGGUGGAUGCCGCCGCUGUCCAUGCUCUCUUCACCACCGUGGACUUGCGACGGUCGCGCACCAAGGUCCAAGUUUGGAUCGGCCUGCAGCGGCAACCUCGCCAGUGCACGGCCACCCGACCUCUUCGGGGUUUCUCCUGGACUACAGGUGACCAAGAAACAGAAUACACAAACUGGCAGAGAGAGUACUCGCACGCCAUGUGCUCAGUGCCGCGCUGCGUCGUCAUGGGGUACAACACUCAGGACCCCGGCGAGAACUUGAAGUGGCUGGACGGGUCCUGUUCGGUGCCCGUGGAUGGUUAUCUGUGCCACUAUGGCUACAAAGGAAUGUGCCCCGCCUUGUGGAGCGAGGGCUCCGGCAACGCCUUCUACGCCACACCGUUUGGCCUUCUGAGCACCCUUCUGACCCACGUGCCCUUAGGCUCGGUGGCAACCGUGCCCUGCGAGAGGGAGCAGCAAUCGGUAAUGUGUCUCUCAAGGGAAGACGGUUCAGUGGGGUGGUCCAGAGAUCCCCCUCUCUGCUCCGGUCCUCCGGCGUCUCACGACUGGUGCCGGCAGAAUAACGGCGGUUGCGAGCAUUUCUGCAAGCAAGCCGGCGCGCACUCGUACUGCGAGUGCGCCGAGGGCUAUCAACUGGAAGACGACGGUCAAAGCUGCGUGCUGUCCGAUGCUUGCCAAGAGGCCAACUGCCAGUUUGAGUGCCUGCCUCUUUCCGAGGGCUACCGCUGCGCCUGUCCCGAUGGCUACAUGCUGGCUGCGGAUGAGCACGGCUGUUUGGACGUGGAUGAGUGUCUCCAGAGUCCCUGCGAGCACGCUUGCGUCAACUCCCCCGGGAGCUUUGAAUGUCGCUGUCAGCGGGGUUACCGCCUCAACGACGAAGGCGCCUGCCAGGAUCUGGACGAAUGCCUAAGCGAUCCGUGCGAACAGACCUGUGAGAACACUGACGGCUCUUUCCUUUGCCUCUGCCACUUUGGGUUCUCACCGCAACCCGAGGACCGCAGUCGGUGUCAAGACACGGACGAGUGCCAGAUCCCGGGAACCUGCGAGCAAAUGUGUGUCAACUACGAGGGCGGCUUCGAGUGCUAUUGCGAGGAAGGCUACCAACUUGUCCCGUCCGACUCGUCUUCGUGUCAGAAGAUAGGCGACCGAUCGGCCGUCACGCCGUCCUUUCCUUGGCUUACGCCCCAGCCUGCACCCGUGUGGGAUCCCGUAGAGUACGACUGGCCACCACAGCCCGGUCAGACCCAUUGGGACCCAGAGGGGGAUCGGACACUUGAGUGGCUGACUGACCCUCCCAAAGUUUGGGGUUCGGAUGUAAUUUGGGUGACCAGCGCACCACAGGAGGACAUGUUUCAUCCCGCACCAGAGACACACGAGGAAGAUAUUGGUGACCACACUGACCUUUUGCCAACCACCGUCAUAAACACACCUGCACCCACCACUAUUUCCAGCACCUCUCUUUACUCGUACGAAGAUGAGGAGCCGGAAGAAGAAGAGGAGACCACUCCUUCCCCCUUGUCUUCUACCUCUACAAUCUCAGAAGGCGCUUGGAAUUGGUGGGCGGGGUUCUCAACUGUGCUCCAGAACCAAGGAAAUCCAGAGGAGAAAGUCACAGCGUCUGACAUGCUUACUGAUUCCAGCCACCGCAAUCCAUCAAAGAAAGAAAAACAGACCCCGGAGGAAGAAAAGCAGAUCGAGGACGUCGCGACCACCUCCAAAGAUGCGCCCACCUGGGUCAUCCCCUCUCAGCAGCCCACAAUCAAACAUUCCGAUUCAGUCCAGGAGGGCCAGGGGUCGACUCGGAGUAGCACCUGGCUGUUGGUGGGCCUCUUGGUGCCCAUCUGCAUCUUCGCGGUGUUAAUGGCGGUUCUGGCUGUCGUCUACUGUACCCGCUGCGCUGUGCGGUCCCGGAGCAAGACGGACACAGACUGUUACCACUGGAUCUCCGGCGCUCACGAUAAGCAGGCCGCUGCUGGACCGUUGGCAGGAGUCAAGAGCCAAGUCUAGGUCGAGAGCACGAAAAAUGGCUUUGCAUAAAAAAAAACAGUCAAAUUUGCAAAAAGGAAGAAGUCAUGGUUAAAGCCGAUUGGCAUUGUUAAAUAUUGUGCUAUCCGUUCAUGUAGCAGGUGAGAGACACUGAAAACGUUUUUGUCUGUGUUGUUGCUUUGCCUAUAAGUUGCCGGCACUGAUCACUUGAUAGCACCCCCCGCCCCCCCACACACACACACAUUUCACAGCUCAAGUCCUUUGCUUUAGAGGCAAAAACUUCCAUUGUAAAUUCUUCAAUCUUGUCGCGGAUGAUUUUAGCCUCUACACCAUCGGCAGUGAAAGCCCCGUGAAAUGCAGAGGAAUGUACAGAAUGUUUACUUUACGAGCAAUUUUUCAUCCUGGUGUAGACAAAAAAAAAAAAAAGAAAAGAAAGAAACGUUCGUGGUGCAGAUGUCUGAAUGUUGGAUGGGUAUUUCUUUGUUUUAACCUUGACUUGGUACAAAUUCAUCAGAACCCCCCCCCUUGGCUCCAGCUCACUUCUUUGAGUCUGGAUUGUUGAAUCACAUCCAGCUGUUUGAAAGCGAAAGACAAUCACAAGUGCGUACAUUACGAACAAAAUUUGCAUGGGAUUUUUUUCUCUCUCUCCCCCGAAUGGCUUCACUUUUUUCCACACGAACCAAUAACAUCUGUUGUAUUCCUUUAAUGUGAAUGGGGAGGGGAAAAAAAGGAAUAAAAAAUUCUUUAUUUUAAAA